GCGCCGCGCUUCACGCAGGUGUGGAUAUAUCUUGAAGCUCCCGUGCACACAUGGCUGCGCUAACCUUAUCCAGAGCGGACAAUUUCCUGCACAAUUUCUUACAGGAUCGUACUCCCAGCUCCUCUCCAGAAAGCGGUCCUAACACCCUUUCCUUUUUGGCCACCACAUGCAGUCAGGCUUGGCAGGAGGGGUCUCAGCUCCCUUACGAAGGGCCGGUGGGCUCCGCUUCCAGCAUGUUUCAGCUCUGGAGCAAUGACGUGGCCCCAAACUCCAGCUUGAGUGCUCACCAGAUGACCUUCACUGUGCCCAAAAUGCAGUUCCCUGGCCACAUGCAGCCCACCUUGGGCUCGCACUCCCAUCAUCACCAUCAUCACCACCAUCACCACCACGAGCUCCCCCUCACCCCUCCAGCCGAGCCUCCGACCGCCUACUCAUUCGAUCUGUCUCCAGUAAAGAUGCUCUCCUCCCAGGCGCAGGGGAACGUGCCGUACUACACGCAGCACAACGCUGUGGGUCAGAACUUUCCUAGCUUCCUUCAGAACGCUUCAGGAAGACCUCACCUGCCAGGUGGACACGUUGAGGACGGCCAGCAGUGGUGGAGUCUCCCUCAGAGUAACAGCGCACCCUCCGGGCACCCCUUCUCUCUGGGACGCCAGCUGGUUUUGGGCCACCAGCCUCAAAUCGCUGCUCUUCUGCAAGGAACCUCAAAAGGUCUGCUGAGCUCAACUCGCCGUUGUCGCAGGUGCAAAUGCCCCAACUGCCAGUCCACGGGAAACGGAGGUGCUGCUCUGGAGUUCGGGAAGAAAAGACUACACAUUUGUCACAUUCCAGAUUGCGGCAAGGUCUACAAAAAAACCUCUCACCUGAAGGCGCACCUGCGCUGGCAUGCCGGCGAGCGGCCCUUCAUCUGCAACUGGCUCUUCUGCGGAAAGAGCUUCACUCGCUCAGAUGAGCUGCAGAGGCAUCUUCGCACGCACACCGGGGAGAAGCGUUUUGGCUGUCAACAGUGCGGGAAAAGGUUUAUGCGGAGCGAUCACCUCUCCAAGCAUGUGAAGACCCACCAGAGCAGGAAGAGUCGGUCCAGUCAGCCUUCUCAAAGUGGGACUGAUGCACUGCUAAGCAACAUUAAGAGAGAGUAA